UCAGCCAUCACACCCCUGAUCGGCCUGGGGGUGAUCAGCAUCGAGCGUGCCUACCCACUGACCCUGGGCUCCAACAUCGGCACCACCACCACUGCCAUACUGGCCGGCCUGGCCAGCCCCGGGGACAAACGGAUGCCCUCCCUGUAGAUCGCUCUCUGCCACUUCUUCUUCAACAUCUCCGGCAUCCUGCUGUGGUACCCACUGCCCUUCACCCGCCUGCCCAUCCGCAUGGCCAAGGCUCUGGGCGAGCGCACGGCCAAGUACCGCUGGUUUGCCGUGCUGUACCUCAUUGUCUGCUUCCUCCUGCUGCCCUCCCUCAUCUUCGGCAUCUCCAUGGCGGGCUGGCGGGCACUAACCUGGGACUUCCUCCCUGCCUGGAUGCACUCGCUGCAGCCCCUCGACCGGCUCAUCACCCGGGCCACCCUCUGCUGCACCGACCGCUGCCGCAGCCCCAAGGGCUGGGAGGAGCGCGAGGGCCCUCCCCGCGACAAGGCCAGGCUGGGGCUGGCACUGGAUACCCAGUCCACUGCUCCCAUGGCCGCCUGGUUUCCGCCAUCUCUGCUCAGCUGGUGUCUAAUAAAAGCCGAGCGCCCGCACCCCGG